GCAAGUCGAUCAGUUUGGGUGUUUGUUACUUUAGUUGAUUUCGAAUUUAUUCAAAUUUAUUAUUAUUAAAUAUAUACAUAUAUAAAAAGUGAUUCCGGUAAAUUUACUAAUUAAAUUUGUAGCCUAUAUCAAGAGUGACGAUAAUUUGAUUGAAUCAAUAACGUUAAUAGGCAGUGCGAACUCUUGUUUUCCGGGAUUUUUUUAUAGUGACGCUCCCUUCGCAAACGGCUGCUCUUGAAUCUCUCUUCGAUUUGGAUUUCCACCCUUUGGAUUUAACCACGGAUAACCAACAAGGAAUUAACAUUAAAAAGGAGCGAAGCGUAGGAUGGAGCGAGGAGACUUUUUACACUGAAGAGGAGGAUCGACGAGGAAGAGGAAUAAAGAUGCCUGCCUCGCAAAACGCCGCGAAUGAGCGGCGAAACGACAGGACGAUCACACAUGAGCCACCAAAAUUAAAAACGACGCUCAAAACACCACCAAAACAAGCGACAAAUCCCCUUCAGUUUGUGAAGGUUGGACCAUGUUCGCUUUAUCGGACAGCACAAGAGCAACUUCAGAAAGUCCAAGAAGUCAAAAAGAUCAAACAGGAAGUGCGAGAAGAUCCCGAAGAUUGGCAGUCAAAUUUAGAUAACUGGAAGAGCAGUCGAAGGAAGCGUCAGGAACACAUAAUUGAGCGCGUGGUGGAAGUGAAAAAACUGGAAUUAGAAGAACAUGAUCGACAAAGACGACGAAGUAAAACCUUCUCGGAAAUGAUGGAGGAAAGAGGAAACAGAGGUCGAAAAUUGAGCAUGAGUCUUACGAUGUAUCACGAGGAGGACUCGAAUGAUCUCAGUGAUCUUGGAAUUGGUACCAGCAGUGGAAAGAGUUCUGUCAGUGGCGACACUCACGACGAUACGCACAGUGUUCUAAGCGACAGAGACAGUGAGAUAGAGAAAAAUCACUCGGACGUUGAUAACGCACCAGCAGAAAAUGGUAACGAUUCGGAAAAUUUAAAGAAAACGUUUGGCAAUGGUUUUCACAACAAUCACGAGUACGAUUCGGCAGCAACAGCAACGGCCAGUUCACCAGAACCAGAAGAAUACACCUAUGAGGGCGCAAUACGUGGCUACGUCUCCAGAGUCGCACAAAAUAUUCCCCGAAGGUCCCUAGCAAAUCUCGAGGUGAAACUCGAGAAUGCAAAAGCAAUGACAAACGGAUCGAAGACAAAUCUCAAUGACGAAACAAAUGGUCCAAUCGUCAAAGUCGAUAUUCUCAAGAGACGUGAAAUAUUUGAGAAACCAGCUCUAAAAAGCCCCGACAACAAAAUAAACAAUCGUCUCAGUUCCGAAUUCCCAAAUAAAACCAUCAAGGAACGUCUAUCACAUCUCGAGAAGCAAAAAAAUGAAUCCGAAUCAUUUGAAAAGAACAACAGUAAAGCUCUCAAUAGGCUCUCAGGCGACAUGCACUCGAUUCGCGAAAGACUCUCUCAUCUAGAGAAACAAGCCUCCGAACGGGAGAAAAUAAAUGACGAUCUAGAAGCAAUCCGACCACUUCGAGAGAGACUCUCAACUCUCGAGAAAUACACGAGCGAUGAAUUUUCCACACCACCAGCAAUUAAUGGCGAAUUAUCCGCGAGAUCGUUUAAAGAUCGUCUCAAUGCACUCGACACGACACGAAAUAAAGACGACAAGAGAAACUCCAAUGUGAAGCAUAAUCUCUGCUUUCGUGAGAACGACAACAGGGGCGAUAAUUCAACCCCAAGUGAGAGAAGUUCAUCUCCCGAUUCCGAGUACCGAGCACCUAGGGCUCCAUUCCACAGGAGUCUGGAUUCAUUGGACGCUGACGCUUCCAGUGGACCCGACACUUUCGAGAGGGUGCAGAGUCUCGAGGAAUUAGAUUAUAAUCGUCGUUAUCCCGCUUCUACAUCCUCUGUGGAAAUUCUCAACGAUACCGAUAGAGAGGACUCGGGAAUUCACACGGCCGAUGUCAGUUGCUCGGUGAGUCAAGCCGACGAGCCCGUUGACGAGGACGUUCUUCACAAUCACGUCGAGAGGCAGCAGGCGAUCGAGGAGAAACCCGAACCGCAAAUUUUGGAAAUCGUCGACAUUGAGCCAAAGCGUGAAGCAGAGGCGAGAAAAGAAGAGGAGUCAGAAAAGGAUACAAUGUUUACUGAGAGAGAUGAAUCCGUUUGCCAGAGAGAAGCAGUGACAGGAAUAAAGGGUACUGCUGAAACUUCUUCUGGUGAACAGAAACAGUCGUCUAAAAAUCCGCUAGUUAGUGACAAUUCCCAUUCCUCAUCCCCUCGUCCGAUCGUCUACCAAAGUCCCAAAGUUCCACCCCGGAGAACUCCUCCCGAAAUACUGAAAUUUAAACCAAAAUCCGAAAAUGUCGUUCAACCGGCCUUUAAAUUAGACAUCACGAAUGAUUUGCUCGGAAUGAAAUUUGUCGACAGUUCUGAUUCCUCACCGGCGUCGCCGCCAACUCCAACUUUUCCCACUCUACCCAAAUUUCAAACUUCCAAUCAAGAAUCAAAAUCUCCUUGCACUUCGCCGAGAACAUCAAAAAUACCAACUCCCCUACCUCGGAAAUCAAUUUCAACCCCUUCAUCGCCAUCAUCAAAUCCUACUCCCUUUUCACCCCUAUCCCCCGUCUCACCCCUAACCUCUCCCUCACUAAUUUCCUCUCUAACAUCACCGAAACUUCAUCUUCAUUCACCGAAAAAUUUGCGCAAUCUAUCAAAAACGUCUGAAAUUCCAGUGCCAAUUUCAAAUAUAACUCCUUUGAAUAAUUCCAAAUCGUCCUCAUUGGGAAAAAUUGAUUCCUCGAUUCCUUCUUCUCCUAAUUUAAAAUCGAAUCAGGUGAUGGAUGCGAGACCAGCGGAGAAACGACUUAUGGUGGUGGAUGUUUGGGAAAAGGUGGUGGUGAUUCCUCAAGGACAAACAACUGCGACGCCUCCGAUUACUCCGAUCAUCGAGUAUUUUAAAAACGGCAAAGACACUGAGGAACCACCGGUUAUCGAGAAAGCAGUGGAAGAAGAAAUUAUUUGCCAAGCGAUCAAGCCAGUCGAUCGCGAGGAACAACUUGAAGUUACUGGAACACCGGCAACAGCAUCUAAUAAUUCACAAUUGGAAAUUGUUUCCCAGAGGAAGAAGAGCGAUAUUCAAUUUGAAUCAAUUCAACAGGAACAAGAAAUUAUUUCCACUCCUCUUAUUGCUGAAAAAAUUGAGAGACCAUCAACUUUAAAUUUUGUCGAAAUUCAUUCAUCCGUUGAGAUGUUUAGUCCCAUGUCGCAUGGCUCAACUCCGAUUUUACCAUUGAGUUUAACGAGCGAUGAAGAAAUAGUAUCUGGUCUUGCCUUUCCUAUGGGUCCACCAACAAGUGUUGAACCACCGAAAGAAAAACCUCCACCGCCACCGGUUGAACUCAGCGAUGAAGAAAGUCAUCCCGUUGAGAAUUUGAAGAGAUUAAAUUCCACUCGCAGAAUAAAGAAGGAACUCAGAACCAGGCGCUCCGAUUUCCUUGGAAUUGGAGGAUUGAACGAUGACGAUUUGGAGCGAGAAUUGAUGCUAACGAAACCGCCAGACAUUGCAUCGAUUCUAGCUGAAGAGAGACGUAUCGAGCAACUUCAUCGACGUUCCUAUGAUACUGACAGCAAUUACGAGCAGGAUUCGAGUCAUGAACGCGACUCGGGAGUGGAACUUGGCCACGUGGAAGAUUGGACUAAGCAGCCAGUGAGUCCCGAUAUAUCGCAACACAGUAGGCAGAGUAGCGAACCGUUCGGAGCAAGUGUAACUUCCUCCGAGGAAGAUGAGAUCACAAAAAAGGAGCGCGAAAUUAUCGAAGUCCUUGAAAAGGAAGAGCAAUGGCGCUAUGGAAAUAGUCGUGAAUUAAAUAGUGACAUUGGAGAGAAAUUGGCCCAUAAAUUACGCGAAUUGGAGGAGGAGAAAAUGCAGUUGGAACGUGAACGCGCCCUGGAAGCGGAGGAGCAACGACGUCAGGAAGAAAUGCUACGUAAGAAUGAGGAGAAUAUUCGCAAACAAGAGGAAAUUGUUAGAAAACAACAGCAACAAGAGGAAAUUGUACAUCAAGAAGUUGCUCGAGCAGCGGAAGUGAAACGUUUAGAGGAUGAAAGAAUUGAUAAGGAACUUCGUCUACAGACACAAGAGAAACUUAAAAUUCAGACUGAAAUUAAUGACGAAAGUGAGAAGAAAAUUUCAGAAAAUCGCCGACAGGAGGAAAUUAUUGUCAGAAAUGAAGUUCUUAAAAUGAAACCCGAACAGAACAAGACAUUAAUCAAUGCGAUGGAGUUCGAUAAUCAUGAUGACGAGUUUUCAACAGGGGACGUGCUUCGAGUUGAGAGGGAACUGCUGCAACUCGAGCAGGAGGAACUUCAGCGGAAGCGAAAUAAUUUGGCGUAUCAGGAGCAAAAACAACAGCAAUUGGCACAGCAGCUUCAGGAGCAAUGGAAAUCGUUGCAGGAUGUUGCUAACGGCUCGUCGAGAAAUACCCAACAGUACAAACUUCAAACUCCAUUAAAUUACAGAUCUUCGAUGCCCAAUCUUCAAAUGCAAGAGGUGCAAAGAAGAAGACCGCCCCCGCCUCCAAUUCCUCCGGCGAAACCCAUAAGAAUAGUUGAACAACGGCCCAGGGACGUUCCAAUCAGGAACAGUAGAAUUCCAUCGGCGGAUUCGAUUCCACAGCAAGUUGAUGCGUCUAUUCGUCACAGUGCUUCGGCAACGAUGUUGGCAAAUCAUGGCGGUCAGCAAAUGACGAGACAAACACUGCAUGCAUUGAGCGCAGUUCCUCGUUCGCGAAUCGUUCAGGGCGAUCAGUGGGUUCAGAGAAGAAAAAGCGAUGUUCCACGUGCAGCCCAGGAAUAUAAUUAUCAACACUGGCUUAUUCAAGAAGCGGAGCAGAGGAGAAUUAAUGAGAAAAAUCAACGGUCACCAGUUCGAAAACCACAGCAACACGUCACAGGAACUUCUGUGCCAUAUAAUACUUCACCGCCAAGGUCAGACAGCAAACCUCUACCAGAUUCAAUUAUUCAAACACUUACGCAGAGAGUGCAAGCGAGGGCGCAGGAAAAGCCCAUUCCACCUAGACGAAGAUUAGAGCAGCCAAGUCAGGAAAUAAUCCAAAAACAGUAUGUAGUACAGCCGCAGAAAACGAAUCAAACAACCAGUAGUGUCGAGUCACAGGAGAAGAUGUUGAGCGUCUCUGGAAAGAAAAAGUGCUCCCAUUGUGGAGACGAAUUAGGCCGAGGAGCAGCGAUGAUAAUUGAAAGUCUUCGGCUAUUUUACCAUAUGGAAUGCUUCAAAUGUUGCGUCUGUCAUGUUCGGUUGGGGGACGGUCUAAUGGGAACUGACGUACGAGUUCGCAACCAUAAACUCCACUGCCAUAACUGCUACUCCAGUGAUGACGGUGUGAAAUUCAGCUGCGUGUAAAAAUAAUUAGUAGCGAGCUAAUUUAUGGAUCUAACUUGAAUAUAGCGAAUCACGGCUAUAUUUUGUAAGUUGUAGUUAACCAUUUAGUUACCUCGCCCUGGGAAAUAAAAAGUGACAGAGCCUCGCAAUGUGUAAAUAAAAGAAUAAAGAAAUUAAUUUUUUUUUUGCUCGUUUAACGAAUUUCUUGGACGACCAAACAAAUAUCGGCAAAUGCCCUCCUUUCAUUAACAUUAUUAUAUACAUUCUUUAUCAAUUGUAAAUAGCUUGUAUUUAUGUAAUUAGAUUUUAUAGUCUUUAAGGAGAAUUCGUCACAUAAUUUUUUUUUAGUUCAAUUAGAUGAAAUGGAAGUGAUGUACAUUUUUGUAUGAUAUUUUGUGAUAUUUAUAAGUUUUUUUUAGCUGAACGUAAAAUGUUCAGUGAAUGUUAAUAGCUUUUUUAAAUCUAAGGAGUAACAUUUUCAAUCAAAGUCUGUAUUAAUCAACAAUUGUCGAGAAUUUAUCAUUGUUACUCUUUUUUUUAUUAGAUAAUUUUAAGUGCUGGUUAUGUUGCACGUAAUCUACAAUUCGAAACCGUUUUAUUUUUCUCUUUUUUCUUAACAGAGGCAAUUUUUACUAAUCGACUAUUUUUUUCUUAAUUCUUAUCCUUUUUAACAAACUUCGAACCUGGAACCCUAGAUUAUAAUCCUGUGUGAAAUAUUGUACGAUACGUGUUUCGUGUUAUCACAAUGUCUAAUUUUAUAUUAGCAAUGAAAAUAAAUGUUUAUUUUAGUCAAAAAAAAAAAA